GAAUGGAUGCGCAAAUGGAUGCACAAAAAGAAUAAACAAAUUGAAUAAACAAAUUGAAUAAACAAAUUGAAUAAACAAAUUGAAUAAACAAAUUGAAUAAACAAAAUGAAUUACAAAAAACUUCUUUCGACGAGCUGAGAAUACGUUUCACUCACAUUUGAUUUAAGUCACCUCCGCCGUCUUGUGCCAUCAGUUCACUUCUUUCCAUUCCGUAUCCCCACAGAAAAACACGUUUUGUCACCUUUUCCGCAAAACACUGUGGGAUACCGUCUGCGAAGUGUUUACGUGGCAUUUACUCGCUGUUGUCUUCUUUUAAAAGCAUUUUUUCCCCCCCAUCAUUUUGUAAAGGAUUCAUUUUAGUUAACACCUUUGUAGGCACGUAUUUGUAUACGCAUAUUGUUUAAGGCGCACCUGGGUAAAACCAUUUUUCAAACCCAAUCGCCCAUAUACACUUGUGCGAGCGCCAGUGGGAUCCUUUUUUUUUUUUUUUUUACCUUGUCAACUGCCUUAAGUUAGCAACAUUGUGGGAUAGAGCCACAGAGAGAGCUGCCUUGUUGCAUAAAAAUAUUUGACCAUUUUUGUCUCAGCUCAUUUUGCCUUUGUCGCCCAAAACAGAGCAGUAAAGCACGCACGCGUAUACGUAUAUCUACUUGUUUGCUUGUUUGCCUCUUUUGUACGCCUCCUCCCUGUAUGUGCAAAAUGGAACACCCCGCAGUGAACAGGGCAAACAUGGCGAACACAACAAACAUGGCCAACACGGAGAACGUGGCCCACACGGAGAACGUGGCCCACACGGAGAACGUGGCCCACACGGUAAACAUGGCCAACACAGCCCACAUGGAAAACUUGUCCAACGCGCCGCACAGCGUCCCGUACACCUUCGAGCACUCGAGAAACCUGGGCAACAAAAUCCUCAAGCCCAUACGCCAGGAAAAAGUCGUCAGGGUGCCCGUAACCCAGUACGUGGAAAAAAUCAUAGAGAAGGAAGAAAUCAAAUUCGUCAACAAAUACGUGGAUGUCAUCAAACCAAUAAUCACCUACAAGACGAAGCACAUUUCCAAGCCAAUCUAUUUAGACAAAAUUAAGUAUGAGCCCAAGCUGAUAGAAAAGGAAAAAAUUAUACACAUCCCCAAGAUAGAGUACAGAAAUAAAAUUGUAGAAAUACCUGUGUACCUUCAUAAGGAAAAUAUCAUAGAGAAAAAAGUACCCCUAAUAAUUGAGCGCGUUGUUCCCGUUUUGAAGGUCAAAAAAAUGGAGAAGGAGGUCCUCACAGAUGUGGUCGAAAUGCCUUCCAUCUGCGAAAUGGCCAAAAUGGAUACAUACAUAAAUACUAGUGCCAAACAUGAAUAUAAAGAGAGGGUGGUGGUGGUCCCUCAAAUGGCAAGGGGAAACUCCGACAGAAAUGACUUUUACGCAGUAGGGGGGGCUAAGGAAAGCCAGGACAUGUACAAUAAAGAAACGUACAGAAAUAUGGAGUCUCAAAAUGAUACUUCUUCCCCAGCGGCGUACUGUCCAGUACAGAUGUCCCCGUCCACCGAAGUGGAGAAGUUCAAAGGACGCCGGGGGGGAAGUCACUCCGUGGUUAGCGGCGAGUCGGAUGAGGACUCCUGUGGGGGGCAACUGGAGCAUAAGAAUGAGACCAUGUAUAAUGAGGCCACGCAUGAGGAGGGCGAGGAAGGGGAGGAAGGAGGCCACUACGGGGAUGUCGCGGAAAACGCGGAAGGAACGCCUAACGAGGAAGGUUUAGCCAGCGAGGAGGGAUUGCUCAACGGGCAGGGCUUACUAAACGGGCAGGGCUUGCUCAACGAGCAGGAGCUACACACCUGGCAAGGCCUACCCAACGGGGAAGCAAUCUCGAGGGAACACACCCAAGGUACGGCGCAAACCGGGCAUUACGGCGAAGACGACAUGUAUAAAAAGUCGAACAUAACGCACGUCAGCAUACACCUGCCCACCACGAAGGAGGAGCUGCGCGAGGUUCUCCAGCGGGAAUCUGCCAACUUAGGGGAGGGCAGUUACGGCAGCAACAGGGUAGCUAGCAGUGGCGCGGGCAACCUAAGAGGCGGCAACGACGGGUGCGCUCCGAAUAGCCACCUCUUCACCUACGACCACGGGAAUAACAGAAGCGGCAUAAGCAACAGAUACGGCAUAAACAGCAGAAACAACCGAAACGACAGGUACAACGAGUACGACGUGAACCAAGUGAUGAGCGAGCAGCUCAUCAGAGAGUCCUUCAACGACUUCAGACCAGGAGGCAUGUCCAAGUCAGCGGAAGAAAACGUCGGCCAGGGGAACUAUCACUCGGACGUGAAGAACCGCAUACACCCCCAGCAGAAGCAUAACCUUUCCGUGCCGUCUAACAUCCACGUCUACCAGGAAAACUACUCUUCCUCUCAGAACGUCUGCAGGAAUGAGUCCGGGAGAAGGCGGUCGAACUUCAUGCCCUCCUAUGCGAACAGCAACGGGCAGGCAAUUGUAUCCGUGCGGCCCGCCACCAUUUUGGAGUACGUCCCCAAGCAGAGGAAGGCCAAGUUGCGCUUCUGCGGCUUCAUAAACAGGUGCUGCGGCGCCGAGUGACCGCUCACGGGGGUGGGCUGGCGGUUGCGUUGGCGGUUUCGAUUGCGGUUGUGUUAGCGGUUUCGUUUGCUUACGAUUGCAGUUACCAUUGCAGUUACGUUUUCCGCUGCGGCUGCCGCGCGCCUGCCGGGGCGCUGCCUUUUUGCCCCCGCGUGGACCAACGCCGCCCCAAUCUGUAUCGACUUCCCCGUCAACAAAAUAAAACCAUGAAAAAACUCUUCAAACGCG